AUGCGGCCUACAGACGCUUUCGGGCGGCAAUCGCGUCCGGCGCCUGAGAGCGACGAUCUCGGAAUGUCGUCCUUCCACCACAUCACGGCCUCGCAGGCAAUGUCGUACUGCGUCACCGACGAGUCCGCCGUCGAUGCUAGCCUGGACCAUUCCUUUUCCGCCUUUGCCAGCAGGGCCAGGUACGAUACUCGGAAGGAUCGUCAGCCCGCUCCGAUUCCACGCUCUGAACCCGCGGCCGGGGGCCCAUCGUCGUGCUCCGUAACUGGCGUGGAGGAAGCCUCGCGCCAGAUCCCCGUGACCGCUCUUCACGACCUACUCGAUCGGCCUCUCUCCCCGCCGACAGUCAAAACGCCAGGCUCGAUCCCUCUGAACUGUUCUCGGCCGCACCAGCAGCAGCCCAUAUCUACACCCAUGACACCAAUCCUACUCGGCGUGUCGGGUCCUGGGUCGACCUUUAGCGGAUUAUCUUCGCGGCGGGACUCGUUGUCGGCCGGUUCGCUAUCUGAAGAGCUCGGGAGCGUUCCGGGGGCGAGCGAGGAGGGGUCUGUGGUCGUUGAUGACGUUGAGGAUGGCGACCCAGGUGCUACGCCCAUGGAGCACAGCGCGGCUACUGCACCCCAGCUGGUUAUGCCCAGCAUAAAGAUGCCGAGCAGGCGGCCUUUUACCGAGGAAGGCAAGGCGAUCGGCCGAUUAAAGGUUUUGAUCGCCGGAGAAAAGGGCAUUGGCAAGACAUCCUUGAUUAAAUCUAUCGUGCAGUGUUGCGAACACAUUGUCCACCUCGACCCCAUCGAACCUACGCCUUCGACUUGGGAAACCGGACCGAGGGCUGAUCGGGCCAUGCCCCGAGCCAUAGCCGAGAUCCAUGGCAGCACCAAAGCGUAUCCGGAAUGGUGGGCAGAUUUGGAUGACUCUCGGACGCUGAAGAGGAGGAACAGCUUAGGAGACGUUGUCAUAAAUCGGAACAUAUGCUUUGUCGACACAAUCGGGUAUGGAGGUGGCGCAAAGGCGCUACAAGACAUCGUUCCCGUGAUUCACUAUAUUGAGUCACAUCUAGAGCGGAUGGCUUCAAAUACUUUGAGCGAUUCUGAUCUUGCAACUAUGAUCGGAGGGGACGGAGGUCCUCAGGUGGAUGUUGUAUUAUAUUUGAUAUCUCAUGACAUAAAACCAGUCGAUCUAGAGUACAUGAGGAUGCUAGCCCCUCUCACUAAUAUAAUACCCUUGAUAGCCAAGUCGGACACUAUUUCAGCCGACGAAAUCUGGGAGAGGAAGCAGAGGGUGUUGAGUCAGCUCCUGAGCGCUGGCGUGCGCCCUUUUCGUUAUUCGAAAAUAUCACCAACUAGUCAGGCAGAGGCUGUAUUGUCUGUUUCGAAUGCUACUGGCUCAGACAGCGAGGUGAUGGAUGCCAGUUUGCUCAUGAGUCCAGACUACCUCGAGCCAUUGCUCCCAUCCGAAUUGGGCGAACUCGUUCGACAAGUCUUCAGCGCAGAUGGAGCGUCCUGGCUGAGGCACUCAGCUGCAAAGAAAUGCUUGCAGUGGCGCUCUGGAGAACAGACGAGCAAACCACAGGCAUUGUACAGACCUCUCAAUUCCUGGCCACCUCCAGCUCAGGGGCAAACGCUCUUGGGAGGUCCGCAAGCGUCUCCUUUGGUAGGGACGACCGGAGAGCUCACGGUCAGGCCCCCCGCAUCUGCACUGGCCCUUGCGCCUGCGACAGUGAGGCGCGAGGAGCAGCUGGCGCAGAUUCGUUUGGCAAACUGGGCCGUUGAACUACAACGAAGUUUGGAUAGCGAACGAGCACGUUAUGAGGCACUUGCGAGGGGCGAGAGGGCUGUCUGGCUCACGGAACGCCUUGGUGAAUGCGUCAAAGACGGCACUUUAGUGGCCAUUGGAGGUCGGGAUCUUCGACGCCAGCAUUCCCAGUAUCGCCGGUCAGCUUCCUCGUCGUCAGUCGGCCGCAGGGUUGCCAGGCCUCGCCAUGACGGUGUGUCUACCCCUCACGGGCAAGGAACGACAAAGGGGCUCCGUCUCCCAUCAGUUCAUUCGCAAGAUCCUCUCGGUCUUCUAGAGAUGCUGGCGGGUAUAAGAGCCAGGAGCUGGGUUGCUCUCGAGGUGUUCGGCAGCAUUGGAAUAUUCGGCGGCCUGGCACUUUGGGUAACAGGCAGGUAUUUGCAUGCGUAUCCCCGUGAAGACUUGAGAGGCUGUUUUGCGCUUCUGGGGUGCAACGGAGAGGCCGCUGGCUUUUUUGCUCGCUACAAUAUUGGAACGUGA